AUUUCAAUUAUAACCCGACGGAAAACCCUAGCACUUUUAGGAUAGUUAUACUCAUUAAUUUCGGGUAGGCCAUAACUUAAGUUAUGCUCUUGGAUUUUAAUCCUGAACUCAGAAUGGAAGCAGCUGUUAGUGUGUACAAGGCUUUGAUCAAGUUCAGCCAGGUGAGUAGUGUGACAGUGUCAGUCCAGAGCAAGUCGAGGUUGGUUGUGAGAGCCUCAUUGACACAGAGGGACCUUGAGAGGGCUGAGAAGGUGAAGUUUGCCAAGUCGUUCUUUGUCAGCCUGUGCAGCCUGCGGGGUGGACAGUGUUCAGUUGAUCUAGAAACACCACCAGAGGAAACCAAUAAUGAGAUUUGGAAUAAGCCAUCCCCUUCUGGAAAACUGCGAGCUGUGAUGAGGAAAGUUGUAGAUAACAAAAAGGAUGAUAAGUUCUACCUAGAGAUAUGGAAUGACAGUGUAAAACUGCAGAAUGUGGACUUGCUUAGUUACGAGAAGCAUGGCAGGGUGUAUGACAAGGAUGGCUCUUUUGGUUGCCUGGAGUGGUCGGCUGGUGAGGACAAGAUCCUGUAUGUGGCUGAGAAAAAGUAUAAGAAGUCUCUUUCUUUUUUCGAAAAGAAGCAAAAAGAUACAGAAAAGCCUGAAGAAGCUGUCAGGGGUGAGAGUUACCUGUACCGGGAGCAGUGGGGGGAAGGCCUGGUAGGGAAGCACAUCCCGCUGCUGUGUGUGCUUGACCUUCAGAAGGAAGAGGUCAGCAUACUGGAUGGUGUACCUGAACAUGUCUCUCCAGGACUGGCAAGCUGGGCGCCAGACAAUGACGGCGUGAUUUUCACAGGGUACGAUCAUGAGCCUUAUAGACUGGGGCUCAUUUACUGUGGAAACAGGAAGUCGGCUAUUUAUUACUUGAAUUUCAAGACUGGCGAAUGUGCUGUUCUCACUGACCCUGGAAAAUCUUCCCGGGAUGCCGUCUUGUCCCCCACUGGAGACUGCUUUGUGUACCUGCAGAACGAAGUCUUUGGUCCCCAUAUGCAAUGUGCAGCCUUAAUGAAGUUUGACUGGGAAUCAAAACAGAACAGCACAGUUGUGGACAUAGUGAAGAGGUCAUCAAACAACGAGUUCCCAGGGAUUUACUCAGUGGGGCUGCCAGACAACGGCUGGAGUCUGGAUGGGUCAAGGGUUGUGGUGAACACCCAGUGGAGGUCUCAGGAUGCAGCAUGCGUGGUUACCAUGGCAACUGGAAGUAUAACCAGGCUCCCAACAGUUAACGACUGCUGUAUGACGGUGCAGACCAUAGUUGAUGAUGUCGUAGUGGCUGAAUGCUCAUCUCCCUGCAGACCUAACUUUCUAGUGAUUGGUCAGCUUCCAGCCUGUGGUCAAGAGAGGGACAUAAAGUGGACAGAACUGACCAAAAGCCCAUUGAAACUUGACAACAUUGCAUGGAAAGUGUUCACACAUCCGCCCUCUUCAGAGAGCUCUGAUGGUCUGACAUAUGAGAGUAUACUAGUCUUCCCAAAGGACACGGAUUCAGCAGAUAGCAAGAACCUAGUCAUUUUUCCUCAUGGUGGUCCCCAUUCUGUAUUCACUACUGCCUUCCAGCUGUAUGUCUCCGCUCUGUGCGAACUUGGAUUUUCCAGCCUCAUGGUCAACUACAGAGGCUCCAGUGGGUACGGAAACGACAGCAUUUAUUCCUUGCCUGGAAAAUGUGGAGACCAGGAUGUUAAAGAUGUUCAGCGUGCAGCAGAAGAGGUCAUCAGAGAAUCGGGGUAUGAUGGUGGGCGUGUGGUUGUAUGGGGAGGCUCGCAUGGAGGGUUCCUCGCCGCACAUCUGAUUGGACAAUAUCCUGAAUUUUACAAGGCAGCAGUGUGUAGAAAUCCAGUAAUUGAUAUUGCAACCAUGAUUGGGUCUUCGGAUAUUCCAGAUUGGUCUAAUGUAGAGAGUGGACAGCCGUUUGACUUCACGACCAUUCCCAGUCCUGAGAGCCUGGCAGCCAUGUGGAAAUGUUCACCACUGCAGUACGUCGACCAGGUGAAGACCCCAUUGAUGAUCAUGAUUGGAACAGAUGAUCUGAGAGUUCCACCAAAACAGAGUUAUGAGAUGUAUAAGGCACUCAAGGCUAGAAACAAGAAAGUCAGGUACAUUGCCUACCCUGACAACGGCCACCCCAUUGUUAAGGUGGACUCGGAAGCUGACGCCUUCAUCAAUAUCUACAAAUGGUUCUCAGAGCACCUUGCUGUAUGAGGAUCCAGCCUAUCCGGGGUGCUAAUCAUGAUGCCCUUUAGGGAAUUGUAAAUUAAGUUGUACUGAAGGGAAAAUUUCAGAUCAAUUAUAUAUAUGAAAAACACCUAAUGUGUGGGAAUAACAAAAGCAUAAAAUAAUUGUUUAAAUAAAUAUUUACUGGAGUAAAAAUGCAAAUUAAAAAAAUUAAUGAACACAAAAUAGCUUGAGACUUACAAAAAUAAUGAGUUAAGAAACUUCAUCAGGUUUUGUUAAUACUGGCCCAGAAUAAAUUGUCUGUGUGCCUAUUUCAGUCAACCCAUCACCUUUAUUGAAAAUUCUAUAUGUGCCGAUUUAUAUGACAAGAUUCCCUGUAUGCAAAUAUAAUAUUACAUUAUCGAUAAAUGCUUAUGUCAAAUGACAUAUUGUGUGUUGCAUGAUUCUGUAUUUCAUACUCAAUUCCUUCCAAACGUUAUAAUAAACAUACAACAUGAUUUAUAUUUUUGCACUGGUCAGUUAGACAUGUAAAUACCGUACAUGUAUUUACUAUUUUAGGUAUAUAGAUGUUAUUACAUGGAAUGUGAUAUGUGGAAAUAUGAAAUAAUGUUAACUUUGUUGAUAUUGUAGUACUCAGGUGUAUGAUAUGUGAAACCAUAGCCAGACGAUUAAGGAUUGUGUUAACAUAUCGGAAAAAUGAAUAAAUUUAUGCAAUAGACAAUUUUAAUUUUGUCUUUUGGAAACAUUAGCAAUAGUGUGGUGAUAUUUUUUGGUCAGUCAUCUGUGGAAAAUUCUUUCACCAUCAUUAUAACUCGUAUGAAAUGUUAUGCAUCUGGUAAUUGUGUAUGAAAAUACAAAAACCUAUGCUCGAGGAUUUGUAUUACUCUAUGUAUUUUUUUUAAGUUUCUUCCUAUGAACGUUAAAAUUUGAAGUUUCUUAUUAUAACAUAUAACUUCAGGGACCUAUACAAACAUUUUUGUAUCUAUCUAUAGGUCCCUGCUUACUAUACACUUUAUAUUCGGGGUAAUUCAUGUAAAACUGUACAUGCUAAUGUAAUAUGGUACAUAUUGAUAGUGUCAUGUUUAUUUUUGCUGUUAAUAAACAAUAAUUCAUUUAUCAAUUCA